UUAACUGCCGCUGCAUUCCUGGAUCGAUUUCUUCGGACGAAUUCUUCUUAUUCCCUUUGGCCUACAAGCUGUUUUUUGUUGAAGUUUUUUGUUUGGCUUCUUGUUUCCAGUUUCAUUACCUUCGGUUGUUUCCUUGCUCUUUGUAACCUCUGCUCUUCUCCCUCUUGUUCCUCGUUAUCCUUGUUUUUCGUGUUACCCUCCUCCAUCCCCAGUCUCCUGCCUGUUGUAUAUUAGCCAGGUCGUCUUCAAAUUCAAGAGGUUCUGGCAUUAGCCGGGACUGUUGCCACGCUAUCUCGUUGCGUCUCCUCUGGCGUGCACACAAGUAGAC